AUGGUUGAAGAAAUAAAGCCCUCUGCGAUACAAGUGAUCAAACCGCUAACAAUCACAGAAGACGACGAGGAAAAAACAAAGUUCGAGCUCCAAACAGAAGCGCUGGAAUCUCUUCUUACAGACAAAAGUGUUGCUAAUCUUCCAGUCUCCGUCAUCUCCGUUACUGGCGCCUUCAGAACUGGCAAAUCGUUUCUCCUAAACUAUCUCUUGCGAUAUUUAACAGCGCUGGAGAAUGAGCAGAGCGAAGACGAGUGGCUUGGAGAUUUUGAUCAAGAGCUCGAAGGGUUCAAAUGGCGAAGAGGAGCAGACCCUGAGACCUCCGGAAUAAUGGCAUGGAACAAAGUUUUCGUAAUCGAACCGAUUCCAGGCCAAAAACAAGCUGUCUUACUUCUCGACACUCAAGGAGCGUUCGAUCUUGACUCCGAUGUCAAGGACAUAACUCUUAUAUUUGCUCUUUCUACGAUGCUUUCUAGUCUCCAAAUCUACAACGUACGCGGAAAUCUUCAAACCGACAAUCUCCAGCAUCUGCAGCUCUUCACUGAAUUUGGUCGACAAGCGAUCGCCCAAGAAGUUUCAGAUUCGGAGCCCUUCCAGAACUUGCUUUUUCUCGUACGCGACUGGCAAUUAGAUGAUUCCGAAGGAUUCGAUGGAGGAAGCCAAUUACUCGAGAAACUGAUGAAAAUAACCCCGAAAAUGAAUGACGAAAAGCGCGAGCUUCGAGAACAUGUGAAAUCUUGCUUCAAGAGCAUACGGGCAUUUUUGAUGUCCCAUCCUGGCGAUGCCGUGCGCAAGGGCGAAUUCAAAGGCGAAACCUCAAAGCUCCACCCCGAUUUUGUUUCGAAUAUGAAAACUCUUGUACCAGAACUGCUCAACUUGCCAGAUACAAAGUUCGACACUGCAGGAAACCCUCUUACCUGCGCCGAGGUCUGCGACUACUUCAAAAAGUACACGGCGAUUUUCCAAAAUGAGGAAAUGCCCGAGACAGUGACAAUCAUGGAAGCAACUGCUGAAGUGAAUCAUCAUAUGGCGGUGCAGAAGGCGAAGGCUUCCUUCAAACAAGAAAUCGAGGAUAUCAUCCCGAAGCAACUUGGAUAUCUUCAGGCGAAUGCCUUUGAUGAAAAGUCCAAAGAAGUCAUGACAAAUGCUCUCGAACAAAAAUACGGCCCGAAAUUCCGUUCAGACUUGGAAGCAGAACUUAUCUCUGACAUCGAGCAAAAGAGAAAACUGAACGACGAGCGGAGAGCAGCGAAACUCGUUCAAACGCCACUCAUUAUUAUCGUCGCUCUCUUUGUCUGCUGGUUCGCAAUUUUCAUCCUCGAAAUGCUUUGGCUCUCUCCUAUUGCUGCGUUUGUUAAUAUCGUUUCAACCCUUCUUAUCGGCGGCAUUCUCGUCUGGCUCGCGGAUCAAAGCAACCUGAUUCCCGGCGGAUUCCCUGUUCAGCAAAUUAUCGACCUCAUCGCUGAAUUACUACGGGACAAUAUUCUCAAGCCAAUGGCCGGCGUCGCAAUGAACGGAAUUCGCCAAGCGAACCCCGACGUCGCCAGGAUCAUCCAACAAGUAGCAGCGCCUAAGGACAAAGAAGAUUAA